GUCCGCUUCCAAGUUCCCCAUUUUCCCUUGCCAAGGGUUUAGCAUUUUGCUAUUUCGUUGAUGGUGUUAUGCUGAAGAUGUAGCCUGUUUGCAACGAAAAAUUACAAAACCAAACGAGAUGGGUUAAAAGAAAGGAGCAAUAGAAGAAAAAAAUAACAAAAGAGAAAGCUUACCGUGCGUUUCACGCUUCAUAGCAAGCGAACCAGAGUAAGAUGGCAGACGCGUGACAGAUGUCAUCCUGCUCUAGCAAACGCUGACAGCCCACGACAAAAAGAGUACACCUUUUGACAGAAAAAACAUGUCCGCUUCAUACGAAUGCAAUCCGAACACUUAUUGGCCGUUGAAGGUAGCAGGUAACGCCUCCUUUCCGGGGUAAAGCAUUUUGGGUGGAAAAUGGUUUCGGUGCAGGCACAGUGAAGGAGCCGCAUCGGAGGGCAUGGAAUCGAGAGCAAACAACGGCAACAAACAAUCACAAUCGCACACGCAUCGCCUAUCAGUCGACUGGUGUCUGCGACAGUACGCGAACGAAAAGCAAAGCAGCUUUCAUGUUUGUUGUGUUGUGGACGUCGUACCGAACGGAACGUCGUAUCACUCUCUCGCUGGAUGUGCUGCCGCUGUUUCAGUGAGUUCUGGUGGUCGCAUUGUUUCGUUUGUUUUGGGUGUGAAAAAGAAUUACAGUGCAUUUAGAGUGCGUAUGUGACCUAUUGCUAAAAGAAAAAAAAAACCCAAAUUAAAAUACUCAUAGCAUACGGUGUGGACACUUGGUGUGUCAAAUGUUUGUUUACGAUCGUGUAGAACGGCCUUUGUGUAGAAUGGUUUGAAGGCAAGUGAUCAUUUUAGCGACGGAAAAGUGUUAUGUGAAUCUGUGCACAGACAGGAAGUACGGAAGUGAAGUGAGUGAAACGAAGCCCCAAUUUACUGGUGACCAACUUUAAAACAAUGAAGCGCGUACUUCGUGUGUUGGUGUUAGUUUAACAAUCUUGCAAAUCUGUGACAAGAGAACCGAACGCAUGAGAGCGCGCGUCUACCGAGAAGGAUUACUUAACCGUGUUUUGCAAACAGUGACGAACUGAACAUCCGUACCGAUCAAGAUGGUGUCCUACUAUAAUCACUUUGCGAUGUAUCCGAAGAAUCACAGCGGCAAUCUGCCCUACUCGGCACCAUCCGGGUGGUACGCGGGCAACUACCAGCAUCAGCCGCCCCAUCCUCAGUUCCUCGGUGAUGGUGAAUCGUCACCCCAGCCCACCAUGUACUAUCCACAUCCGCACGUCUUCCACUCACAGUCGCCCGAUUGGAGCGGUCAUGAAAAUUUCUCGACACCGCCCCAAUCCGGGCUGAGUCUUGCGCACGGUUCAAGCCCAGGUGCUGGUGGAUCGAACGGUGGUACCGGUGCCGGUGGUGGACUGCAUCUUGGCCAGAACCCGAACCUGCACCAUCACCAUCACCAUCAUCACCACGGCAGCAAUAAUGGGGGCAAUGCGAGUGGUGGCAAUGCACACGAUCAUCUUACCGAUGGACUGCACAGUAUACCGUCACCACCGAUUACCGUGUCCGGGAGUGACAUGUCCAGCCCGGGUGCACCGACGGGAUCAGCGUCGCCGCAGAUUACACCUCGCCCGACACCGGUCAAGAGUCCAUACGAGUGGAUGAAGAAGCAAUCCUACCAGAGUCAACCGAAUCCAGGGAAAACUCGAACGAAAGACAAGUACCGGGUAGUUUACACCGAUCAGCAGCGGCUCGAGCUGGAGAAGGAGUUCCACUACACGCGCUACAUCACGAUCCGCCGAAAGUCGGAACUGGCGCAAAACUUGCAACUGUCCGAGCGGCAGGUAAAGAUCUGGUUCCAGAACCGUCGCGCCAAGGAUCGCAAACAGAAGAAGAAGGCCGAAACGGGCACCGGCGGUGUCGGCAGUCUCGGUGGGCAAUCGCUGGUGGCGGCCCACUCGCAAGCCCACAACGUUGUGCACGGUGGACAGUCGGUGUCGAGCCUGCUGGGGGACACCAAACCGAAGCUAGAACCAUCGCUGCACCUAUCGCACCUGCACCAGAUGAGCGCAAUGAGCAUGGGCAUGGGUUCGAUGGGACUGCACCACCAUCCCGGUCACCAUCCAGCACUACAUCCGCAUCUCGGUGUUCCCACAUCGCAGCAUCAGCUUAGCCAGGCCGCAGCGGCAGUAGCGGCCGCCUCUCAGGUGCCUCCGACAUCGCUCAGCAUAAUGUGAUGUGGCUGAGCUGUACGAUGAUCGCCACGCCACGCCACGGCUCCGGUACCCGGUUUACAUGGCCGGUUUUAUUUAUUGCUUAUUCGCCAACAACAACAACAUUGGCCGGGUGGAAUUAUCCUGCCAGCGAUCAACCGUGCAGAGUGGAGGCUUUACGAUCGCACCUAGCCACGGUUUUAACGUGUGACCCUCGACUCGUAACGGUUGGCGGUAAAAACGAGAUGCGGCGAUAAAUCCGGGUUCGUUCUUAAUGUUCAGGAAACUGUGCUGUAAACACUCACAGACAAACCACCCAAUUGUUUGUAUGGGGAGAUUAGUUGCAAGAUGCGGUGGGGAGAGCAUAGUUUGGAUUUAAUUUCGAUGUAACUGUACCCUUUUUUUAAUGCGAUCAAUACGGACCCAAUAUCUCACCAUUACCAGGGAAGAGAUUGAGAUUAAGCGAUUUUACAGCUCACCAAAUGCGCUGUAUGCAUUGGUGGCUGGGGGAGCGAAAGGUAAUCCAUUCUUGACCUAACCCAAAACACCGGCAGAUGGUUAAUGGGUACAGGUACGCGAACCUAAUUAGAGCUACACUGAAAACUAAAUCAAAACUAACCCGGACCGGGACGGGAGGGAACAUCGCAAACACAAAACAAGUAAACCAUUUAAUUCACGUGCAAUGUAAAAAAACAAGAAAACCGAUAUACUUUUAAUCUUACUUUAGCAUAAUAACCGAUAACCAAGCAAGCAGACAAACGAAACGAUGGGGAGCGAGCGCGAAACGAGUUUCUGUUCCGAUGCUUUUUGCUAGGGAGUAUUAUUAAAACUAUUAUAUUAAUAAUAAUUAUUAUUAUUACUUUGCGGGAUAACAAACAGGCGGUCGGGUGUGAAGCCUGACGAAUGACAGCAGUAAAAUAGGUGUUUCGGUUAAUGUAAGUGACGCUGUAAAUUGUACAGGAAACACAGCAAAACAACAAACUGCAUUGCGCGCAUAAAAACUGUAAUAACGUUAGGCCGUCAUGUUGUGGGAUUGAGAAUAUGCUCGGAAAUGGAAGAAAUGUGUAUUACGAUGCCUUCCGGGGCAACAGGAGGUUACGGUUUUCGUCUCCCUGUUUUUUGAGCUGUUCUCCAAUCGCUUAUGUUUACUAGGUACUUUUUGUUUGAGAUUCAUCUCUAAGAGAUUGCUGCGUUUGUAAAGGCAGAGAGUAAAAUGAAAAAAUAAGCUAUUAGAAGUAAAAAAACAAAACCGCAACGCGACCGUGUAGUAAAGUAAUGUAGAACAAAAAAACAAUUAAUGCAAAUGUAAACACAAACACACAUACACAGAGAGAGAGAGAGAAAAAAACACAUAAAUGGACGUAGCGACUCACGAUGCAACUCAAUAAAGAAUAGAUUCUGUAGUAACAAGA